AUGACCUUUUCUAAGUUCAAUUUUGCCUCAUCCACUUCAAGUUCUUCAUCUUCUAAUGAAGAAAAUGAACUAAUACAUAAUAUGGUUGAUUAUGCCUUUCAAUACGCAAUUCCUCCCAUUGUUUCAACACUGCAACCAAGGGUGAGAACAAAAAAAAAAUGUCGAAUUCAAAGAGACCAUUCAAAAGGUCAUUCCCAACUAUUUAAUGAUUAUUUUGCUGAAAAUCCUACAUAUUCUUCUCGAUUGUUUCGAUGUAGGUUUAGGAUGAGGAAACAUGUAUUUUUACGGAUAAUGGAAGCUGUCUCCAACAACGAUCCAUGGUUCACUACCAACAUUGAUGCAACUGGUAGAAAAGGUCUAAGUGCUUUACAAAAGUGUACUGCAGCUCUUCGUAUGCUAGCAUACGGGGUGGCUACUGAUCAAGUUGAUGAGUACCUCCAAAUUAGCGAAAGCACAACACGAAAAGCACUCACUCAUUUCACAAAGGGAAUAAUCAACCAAUUUGGGCAACAUUAUUUGAGAAAACCAACACCACAAGAUUUGACGAGAUUAUUAGCCUUUAGUGAAGAACGAGGAUUCCCUGGCAUGAUUGGUAGUGUUGAUUGCAUGCAUUGGGAGUGGAAGAAUUGCCCAGCAGCAUGGAAAGGGAUGCCAGGUUCAUAUAAUGAUCUCAACGUGCUAUAUCGAUCACCUCUUUUAGUUGAUUUGUUUGAAGGAAGGGCACCACCUGUCAAUUUUACGGUGAAUGGAAAUCAAUACGGCAUGGCUUACUAUCUCACUGAUGCAAAAGCAAGGUUAUUUGCCCAACAUCAAGAAGCAGCAAGAAAGGAUGUGGAGCGAGCAUUUGGGGUGUUGCAAGCUCGAUUUGCAAUAAUUAGAAAGCCCUCACUUGCUUGGGAUGAAGAACGACUCUCUGAUAUAAUUACUUCUUGUAUAAUUAUGCAUAAUAUGAUAGUGGAAGAUGAAAGAGAUACAUAUACACACUAUGUUGAUGGUAGAGAGUUCAUGGGAGAUCGCCCAAAAGGUCAAUCAGAAGGCACAAGUGGAUUAAAUGAUGACUUUGAGUAUUACACAUAUAGAAUUGUUGAUAUCAAUCGAUACUUGGCAAAUAAGGAUGAUGUUGAAGAUCGACAAACACAUUUAUCCUUAAAAGAUGACUUGGUUGAAAAUAUCUGGCAAAAGUUUGGAGAGAACCGCAAUUAA